AUGGCUAUCUUAGAGAGACAACAAUCAGAAGCUCCAUGGGCCCCAGAGGUUUCCUCGGAGGUUGUGCGUUAUGAAGUUGAACUGGAAGCUGAAUAUUGCCCUGAGGCCAUAACUGAAUAUUUGAAUCUUAAAAGCCAAAGGGGCAAUAAAAGAGCACUCCUUCAAGAGAUGAUGAGGAAAGCAAAGAUGCAUCUCUUAGCAUCUGGCUGGAAGUUGGAGCGCAGGUUGGCAAUGCACCACUACAUUUCAUCAAGUGGCAAGGUUUAUUACUGUCUCUAUCGAGCUUGUAUCGGAUAUAAGAGAGAAGAAGAAGAAGAACAAGGUUCUACUCGUAGUUGUAUAGAUCAGACAGGCUCCACCAUAUAUGAACCCUGUCCUCCUAGCAUAAACUCUCCACCCAAUAUUUCUUUUUACUCUAAAACUAUAGAAAGAGGUACUCCAAAGCUCCCCAUUUCUAUUCGUAGUUCACUUAUUGAAGAAUUAACUUCUGGUUCUUAUGUGGAUGUAGUUUCUGAUGUUGAAAUGGAAGAUUUCUCAUUGCCUGAAAAUCUUGUGGAAGAAGAAGAAGAAGAAGACUGGGUCCCUGCUGGAGACAUAAGGCCUUCUAUUUUGAAGAAACUUGGGGUAAUCGAGAAGGACAAAGAUUUAAAGCCAGUGUAUUCUCCUGUAGCUCUAAGAGAUUAUCUUCUUCUAUUUAAGAGUGAUAUUAGUGGAGGACAGAAGAUAAAAUUUGGUAAAUUGAUGGCCCCAAAAGUAAUGGCCCAUCUCUUGGCUAUAGGGUGGUCACUUUCUUAUAGCUUAAAGAAUUCAUACAGGAGCAAUGCCAAUAAAGAGCUUGAUUUAUCAAAUUCAGUCGCCACACUAGUUUCCUUGCCUCCAUUGUGCACUAGGGAAUCCUCUACUAGAGAGAGACAACGACAACAUCAUUUGGUUAGAGCCACUGAUAGACGAGGGUAUAAAACUUUUAAGGAUUCCAGUGUCUCUUGGGAAAAUAAGAACCAACAAGGCCUUUACCGUGAGCUUUGUAACCUUCUUGGCACCCAUGGCACCCAAAAGAAGCCAAGGGAUAUGUCAUUGAGAUCUGGUAGGCCCUCUACUAGAACUGUUUUGUCAUGGAUGAUAGAUCAUAAUGUGAUACUACCAAGGGAGAAGCUGUCUUAUUAUGUGGGUGGAGAGGACAAUCGUGUUAAAGGAGAAGCAAGAGUAACUAGAGUAGGGAUCAAGUGUAAUUGUUGCAGUGAAGUCUAUAGAAUUGCUGAUUUUGAAGCCCAUGCUAAGACCCCAUCCUCCCAAAUUUUUGUGGGAGAUGGGAGAUCACUUUAUGAUUGCCAAAGGCAAAUGCUGGAUCAGAGUGUGUUGAAAGACUUAAGGCUGAAAUCUUGUGAGAGAAAGAAAGCAGAUUAUAACCAGUGUGAAAGUGAUGAAAUAUGCUCAAUCUGCCACUAUGGAGGAGAACUUGUGCUAUGUGACUGCUGCCCCUCUGCAUAUCAUUUGGCUUGCCUCCACCUAAAGGAUUUGCCUGAAGGAGAUUGGUUCUGCCCAUCGUGUUGUUGUGCCAUAUGCGACGGGGAUGAAAGCAACGCCGAUAGAGAUCAGUUCAAUGCAAAGACAUUUCUUAAUUGCGAGCAAUGCAAUCAUAAUUAUCAUGUGGGUUGCUACAAUGAAAGAGGGUCCAUGGUGGUGAAAAGCUAUCCAAAAGGGAAUUGGUUUUGUAGCAAGAAGUGCUCAGAUAUUCAUACAUGCCUAAAUGACCUUCUAGGCAAACGAAUUCCAACAAAGAUUUCAGGCAUAACUUGGACACUUCUCAGAGGUAGGAGAAAUCGCAGGACGUGCAAUAACUCGGAGAUUGAGGAGAUGACAGGAUAUCAUUGCAAACUUUGUGUUGCAUAUGAUAUCUUACAUGAGUGUUUCGUUCCAGUGAUUGAACCCUGGACAAAUAGAGAUAUUGUUGUGGACCUCCUUUCCAAUAAUAGAUUUGAAUUGAAAAGAUUGGACUUUGGGGGUUUCUACACCCUCAUACUUGAAAAUGAGGAUGAUGAGAUGAUAUCGGUAGCUACAAUUCGGAUCCAUGGGGAGAAGAUAGCAGAGCUUCCCUUAGUUGGAACUUCAGUUAAGUUCCGGAGACAGAGCAUGUGCCAUCUUCUCAUUGAUGGUCUUGAGAAGCUUUUGGCCGGCAUUGGUGUUGAGCGGUUGCUGCUACCGGCUGCAAACCAAGUGAAGAAAACUUGGGAAACUUCAUUUGGAUUCCAAGUGGUAGAAGACUCUGAAAAGAAAGAACUAAUUAAAUAUCUCCUCCCUUUUUGCUCUUUCUCAAUAAGCUUGCAUAUGCCAUUUCUUCAACGAACAUUUGCGAGUAGACAUGCAGCUCCUCCCCUUCAAUUGUGGAUUGAAGGGGCUGGCGGUUCACAGCUGGUUCGCUCUGUGCUUAUGCACUCCACUAGCAAGGUCGAAUUGGAAACAACAGGAAAGUUUCCUGCUUCCAGAUCAGAGCAGGCUUGCUUCGCAUUGGCUACACUAGGCGAAGCUGCUUUUAGACUAGAGGUUGCAGAUAAUCCAGGUGUAGUUGUGAUGAGCACAUAA